AUGGCUGCCAACGAAUACUACCAUGCGAACAUCCCCAAUCCCCCCAGCUACGAACAAGUAGCGGGUGGGCAUACCGGACAACCCCCCCAUCUCAACACCAACACCCCUGGGUACGGCUUCCAGAGCCACAGUCCCGUCAGCCAGAUCAGCCACCACGACGACCCAUCCGCCCCCUAUCACAACCGUCAAAGUCAACAGUCACUACAAUCAGACGCUGGAGCAUACCCAGCAGCUGGACGAGUCGCAGAUGGCGACCACUAUGCAGAGAAUAUUCCGCUGAAGGCGCAGACGCAGUUUGGAAACAACCCGGAAUGGAUGCACCAGCAGACACAAUACCCACCUCCCUCACCGGGGGCCCUGGAGAAUCGGCGGCGGAGAGGAGAUCAGAAUAGGAAGGGCUUCUUCCGCAAGAAGCCUGCGUGGGUAACCUGGACCUUGACAUUGGCGCAGGUUAUCGUGUUUAUCGUGGAAUUGGUGAAAAUGGGCACCUUGACCGGAUCACCAAUCGAGACCAAGCCCUCCUUCAACCCUAUGAUCGGUCCUUCUCCAUAUAUCCAAAUCUACAUGGGCGCCCGCUACGAUCCAUGCAUGAAGAACAUCCCCGGUGUCCAAAACUCCAGCGUGCCAAUCAGCUGGCCCUGCCCCAAUACCACUACGACCACAUACGGUUGCAAUCUCUCAGACCUGUGUGGAUUUGGCGGCGUACCGAACCCCAGGGUCGGCGGCUCGCUCGACGACACGCCCGCCCCGAACCAGUGGUUCCGCUUCAUCGUCCCCAUCUUCUUGCACGGUGGGUUCGUCCACAUCGGUUUCAACCUGCUGGUGCAGUUGACGAUGGGCGCAGACAUGGAGCGCAUGAUCGGAAUGUGGCGGUACACCCUGACCUACUUUGCCAGCGGUAUCUUCGGUUACGUGUUUGGUGGAAACUAUGCCUCGCAACUUCAGCCGAGUACCGGGUGCUCUGGUUGCUUAUUCGGUAUCAUGGCACUUUUCCUACUGGACCUGCUAUACGACUGGCCCCAGCGUGAAUCGCCAUGGGUGGAAUUGAUCAUCAUGGUCGUCGGAGUAGCCGUUUCUUUCGUGCUCGGUCUGCUCCCAGGUCUGGACAAUUUCUCCCAUAUUGGGGGGUUCAUUAUGGGUCUGGCCAUGGGUCUUUCUCUCCUACGGUCGCCCAAUGCCCUGCGCGAGCGCAUCGGGCUCGUUCGCCAGCCCUAUGUCGCCAUGAGCGGUGGUGCUGGAGCCGACCCCGCCGACAAGCGGAAAACCACCUCUGUCAUGGACUUUUUCAAGGGCAAGGGCAACAUGGUUUCGUCCAGCGGAGAUGACAAGCCCAAGGGCCCGCUUGGCUUCUUCAAGGGCCGCAAGCCUCUGUGGUGGGUCUGGUGGCUGGUGCGCGCGGGUGCCUUGGUCGCAGUGUUGAUUGGAUUCAUUAUGUUGAUUGUUGAUUUCUACAAAUACCCUUCGUCGAAUUGCUCUUGGUGCUAUCGGUUGAGUUGCCUGCCCGUCAAGGACUGGUGCAAGCAGGAUACUCUGCAGACCUCUUCUACUACCACUAGCACCUAG